AUGGCCGCCGACGCCGCACCGGCGCCGGACGCGAUGCAGCAGUUCCCGGAGCGGGCGCACGUGCGGCUGCGGAGCCGCGUGCACGGCGGGUACCUCCACGCCAACGAGGACGGGGUGGGCGUGUCCCUGCGCUGGCACCGCCGCGGGUCGGUGCACGCGGCGUGGCAGGUGCACCGGGUCCUCCACGACGGCACCACCUGCGUCCUCCUCCACAGCGCCGCCUACGGCCGGUACCUCGCGGUCUCGCCCCACCCGGCGCCGCCGGGGCACCGCGGCCACCGCGUCGUCCAGGGGGAAUACGGCGAGCAGGGCGAGUACCCCAUCCUGUGGAAGCCCGUCGGCUCGGGGCACGCCGGCUACGUCCUCCUACGCCACGUCUCCUACCGCCUCCUCCGCGCCGACGGCAGGUACCGCUUCUGGCUCGCGGGCGUCUCCGUCGACGACUUCGACAACCAGAGCACGAUGAUGCAUUGGAAAGUCGAGGCCAUCCCACCGAGACCCGCGCCGCUGGUACUUCCGCCUCCAACUCCGAUUAAUCGAGGAGGCUUACGCGGCCUGUUCCUCCUGCACGAGGAGCCUGUGGUGCUGCAGCGGACCAUCCGGUACGUGCGGGCGGACAAUCUAGGCAACUUCAACCUGAACCCGAACGGCUGGCCCUCGUUCCAGUUCCAUGGCCGGUCCGUGUUCAACCUGAGAUCGGAGGUGGCGGACCAUGUGGGCCUUGCGAUCUUCUUCUUUCGCGUCAUUGUCUGCGUCCGGGCCGGCCGCUACGGGCGGCCGACCCCGCUGCUCAUCGACCUGCCUCGCAACGAGGAGACCCUGGACGUCGUCGCCAUCGUUAUUGGUACAGCAGCCGCUGGGGCGCUGAGGUACCCAAAUGUUGAUGCACAUUAG